CUCGUGGAGAGGAUUGUUGCUGUUCGGGGUCGGGGCAGGACGAGCGCCGUGUUUAGGUGUUUAACUCUCAUCCGUGGGUGGGAGGGGGGUUUGAGUGGAAACCGUAACCGUGAAUCUGCGCGUGGAUGCGGGGAGAAGAGUCUUCGGAUUCAGAGUCGGGGAGGAUGGAGGAGAGUUCGGUUCGGCGGAGUUUGGAGGCGUUGUGUCAAGAACUGAACAUGGACGAGCAGACCGCGGCUGAAGCCAUGGAGAACUUCACCGCCAUCUGGAACACAUACACUCUGGAGGGAGAGGUGGUCCACUGGCUGGCCUGUGCUCUGUAUGCCGCCUGCAGGAAAGGCUCCACUCCCACGGUGGGGAAAGGCCUGAUGGAGGGAAACUGCGUCUCCCUCACCAGGAUCCUCCGCUGCGCCAAGUUAAGUCUCAUCCAGUUCUUCUCCAAGAUGCGGAAGUGGGCCGACAUGUCCAGCCUGUCGCAGGACUUCCGGCUGAGGAUGGACCGGCUGGAGCGUAACUUUGAGGUCUCCACGGUGAUCUUUCGCAAGUUCGAGCCCAUCUUCAGCGACAUGUUUGCGAAUCCGCAGGGAAGCGAGGCGCCGCGGCAGCCGCGCAGCAGGAAGCACAGGCGGCUGCCGUGUCACAUCAGUGAUGUGUUCAAGUUCUGCUGGACCCUGUUUGUCUACACCAAAGGUAACUUCCGAAUGAUCGGCGAUGACCUGGUGAACUCGUACCACCUGCUGCUCUGCUGCCUGGACCUGGUGUUCGGGAACGCUCUACUCUGUGCAAACAGGAAGGACCUGAUCAACCCGGCCUUCAGAGGUCUGCCGCCUGCGUUCCGUGUGGAAGGCUCCGCCCCCCAGAGCGAGCCGCCUCCCUGCGUGCUGGAGAAGCUGUGUGAGCUUCAUGACGGGCUGGUGGUGGAGGCCAAAGGCAUCAAACAGCACUACUUCAAGCCGUACAUCCAGAAGCUGUUUGAGAAACAGAUCCUGAAAGGAAACGAGACGCUUUUGACCGAAAUGCUGGAUCCUCACAAUUUUAUCGAUAACAAUAAAGCCAUAAACAGGGAGUAUGAGGAGUACGUGUUGACGGUGGGGGACUUCGACGAACGAGUGUUUCUGGGGGCCGAUGCUGAUGAGGAAAUCGGAACCCCGAGGAAGUUUGUUGAGGAACGGGCUGCCAGCCAAGCAGCAGCAGCAGCAGCAGCUCAGAGCCAGCUCCAACAGCAGGUGGAGAAGUCCGGCUCUCUCGCCCCGUCCACUCCUCUUACCGGGCGAGUCUACCUGAAGGAGAAGGACCUGCUUUUCACGCCCGUCUCUUCAGCAACGCAGAGCGUCAGCCGGCUGCAGAGCAUGGUGGCCGGACUGCGGACGGCUCCCAGCGAAAAUCUGAUGCAAAUCUUUAAGUCUUGUUCCAGAAGUCCCACAGAGUCCAUUCUGACUCGAGUGAAAACUCUGGGACAAACCUUCAAAGAACAUUACACCAACGACUCUGACGACACGCCGGGAUCCCAUAUUGACUUUGCUGAGAAUCGUUGGAAGCUGGCAGAAAUCCUCUACUACAAAAUCCUGGAGAACGUCCUGGUUCAGGAGACCAAGCGGCUGCAGGGCAGAGACAUGAGCGUUUUGCUCGAACAGGACAUCUUCCACUGCUCUCUGAUGGCGUGCUGUUUGGAGGUGGUGUUGUUCUCCUACAGCUCCCAGAGGACCUUCCCUUGGAUCAUCAGGAUCUUCAAAUUGGCCCCAUUUUACUUCUUUAAGGUGAUCGAGGUGUUUAUCCGCUCUGAGGAAGGCCUUUCCCGUGACAUGGUGAAGCAUCUGAACUCCAUAGAGGAGCAGGUUCUGGAGAGCCGAGCCUGGACCUCCGAUUCUGCUCUGUGGAGCGCCUUGGAGGCGGCUGGGAAUAAGGUCCCCACAGUGGAGGAGGUGAACUUCUCCUCUUGUCUGGAUACGGGUUCUGGUUCCGGUUCCGGCUCCAAUAAUGCUCAGUCUCACCUGCCGCUGGUGGCCCACUCUCCCAUCAUCCACCCUCGGAUCAGGGAGUUCAGGUCGGGUCUGGGGAGCACACGUAAAGAAGUGCCUCCCUCUCCGCUCUCGGUCCACGACAGAUACAGCUCUCCUGCAGCCGGGAGCGCCAAACGGAGGCUAUUCGGCGACGACCCGCCAGCGACCUCCACAGGCCUGAGCAUCAGCGGGAGCCCGCUGCCAUCUCCUGUCAAGAGGCUGACGUUUGGGACAAGCAGCAGCGUCCAGAAGACCGGAGCCCCGGGAAACCAAACCACGGUGCUCAGUAUCCCGCUGCAAGGUGAGCGCACCUUUACGCUGAUCCCAGUCCAGCAGUGUGACCCCUCCGGCGUGGUCACAGCUCAGUUCCUUCUCACCUCCUCCCCGAGUCGAGGAGCCGGGGCCGCCUCCGGCGCCGAAGCCCAGUCAGGAAACGGGCGGCCGCGGCGCACUGGGUCCCUCGCUCUGUUCUUCAGGAAGGUGUAUCACCUGGCCAGCGUUCGUCUGAGGGAUCUGUGUCUGAAGCUGGACAUCUCGCCUGAGCUGAGAGGGAAAAUCUGGACGUGUUUCGAGCACGCGUUGGUCCACUGCACUGACCUGAUGAAGGACCGCCAUCUGGACCAGCUGCUGCUCUGCUGUAUCUACAUAAUAUCCAAGAUCACCAAAGAGACUCACACCUUCCAGGACAUCAUGAAGUGUUACCGCAGCCAACCACAAGCCAGCAGCCACGUGUACCGCAGCGUCUUACUGCGUCGGACUCCCAGAGAGCAGCCAGCUGAUGAAAACAUGGAGGUGGACUCUGCGUCUGGUGGAGAAUCUGCAGAGAAAGCCAGUCAGCGUCCAGCCGAAAGAAAGUCGGACCAAUCAGAGGAGGAGGAGCGUGGUGACCUCAUCCAGUUUUAUAACACCGUGUUCGUGCUGAAGAUGAAGAGCUUCGCUCUGCGAUACGUCACCAACGAUAACCGGGCGGAUGCUCCCCCGCUUUCUCCGUUCCCUUCGGUCCGGGCUCAGCCUCUGUCGCCCCGCCGGGUCAGCCAGAGGCACUCGCUGUACGUUUCGCCUCACAAGAACUCUGUGGGCUCUCUCACGCCGAAUUCGUACACGUACAGGAUCAACAACAGUCCGUCAAAGGAGCUGUCAGACAUAAACCGGAUGAUCCGCCAGGGUUUGGUCAGCAGGAAGAGGGCCUUCAACAUAGAGGGAGACGUGAUGAUGUCACUAGCGUGCGACUCCCCCAGUAAGAGGUCGUGUCCGGAGAACGGCAGCAGUCCGGACGUGCUGCUGAAGCGUCUUCAGGACGUGGUGUCUGAGCGGCAGAGUCGCUGACCAGCCUCCAAAUAAAAGACUCAAAGCAGCAGUUACGCACAGAGGCGUCUUCCCAUGGUUUCCUUUAGCAUUUAGACCUUUUCUGUUACCAAACAAGUUCUGAUCGUUACCGACAUCAAAAGAUGAGAGGUUUGGGCGACUGAAGGAACAUCAACCGUUCUGCUCCUCAGACGCUCCUCUUUAGGGUUAUUUCUACUCUUUUUAAACCUGACGGAGAGACGGAUCCACCGAUGUCUGUUUUAGAUUCAUGUCUAUCAAUGGCUAAAUACGCCAGAACGGCUUCUGCAAUUACAAAAAACAAAAAAAACUGAUUUGAUUUUGUUUUAAUCGUUAGUUUUUGUUUAUUCCGCUUUAGAGUUUGUAUAUAUUAGAAAACGAGGUCAGCUCCCAAUCGUUAUCUAACUGGAAAACUUUGGUUUCAGGGAGCCUCCAGCUGUUGACCUCCCCUCCAGGUCAGGGUUUUAAGUCUCUUCUCUCUGCUGGAUCUUUCUGUUUGUUUCCUUCCAGAACGAAGCUCUUAAUUUUCAUUUAGAGUUUUGCUGCCAAUAAGAGAAAAAUAAAGGUGCAGCUCUCUGCUCUGCUUGGACGCGCAUCUGUUCGGAUGCCAUGUUUGGGGGACGCGUCUCUGCAGCAGUGAGGUGUUUUUAUUUGCUGAUUAUUUCCUCUGUUACUCUGACGCUUCUUUUGAAGCAGUAGAGUAAAAAUACAAAUAGUUCUUUUAGAAAUGUGAUUUCUUAGGCAUUAAAGAGGCUCCUGGUUGAUUCGUGGAAGUACCAGACCUUCAUUUUUCGUUUUUGAAGAGAUCAUGCAGAGCACAUCUCUUCUUUAAAUCUGUUCUACUUAAAAACAUCUAAAUAACUUUAUAUCAGAUGAUAAAGUUAGGGUUUUAUUUUUGGGAAAGUUUAUUAAAACCCAAAUUGUUUAUAGAUUCUGAUCUGAUCUUUCCACUAUUUAAAAAACCCAACAUAAAAUCAAGUUUUAGAAUAUUGUGUUUUACUUGUUUUUAAUGAGGUUUUGAGCGCUUUGCUAAUGGCUAGCUGGUCAUUGUGGGUGUGUAGCAUCUACACAUCGACUUCCUCCUCUAUCAGCACUGCUGUCAGAGAAAACUUUAUAGUUUUACCCCACUUUAUGUUAAAAAAGAAAUAGUUUUGUAAAUUGUAACAAGAUGCAGUAUUGUUUGUGACUGUUGUUUCCUGCAAACAUUUAGUUUUGUAAAAUAAAAAACAUCUUCCCUUUA